CACUAAACGUCAUCGGCAGUUUAAAAAUUCAAAACUGCUUUUUGUCGUGGACGUGUAUUCUCGGAGACUGCUACAAUAUUAGAGGAGAACAUGGAGGCUGUAGGAGACCGUCUGAAGGUGAUGGUUAAAGUCUUCAGGAGAGAGUGCCACAGGGUUUUACACUCUGAGAGGACCACCAUUCAUGGAGCUGAUGGCAUGCUGAUGUUGCUGCAGCUGGCCAUGGCAGAUGUUAAUAAGCAGCACUGCGGAGAGUUCAAAGUGGCUCUGAGUGAUGUCCUGAUGGCCUGGAAACACUUACUCUUUGACAAACUUCACCUGCCACCCCCCAACAUUGCACGCUUGGAGAACUAUGAUCUCAUCCUGGAGACAUACGAAUCCUUCCUGAAACGUUCCAACACUGUGGACCUGGUUGAUAUCCUCUCCAUGUACAAACAGCUGAGCCUAGUGGACUCAGACCCACAGGAGCCUGUGAGCCCGAUCCAGCUGUUUGAGUUUUUAUCAGGUAACACGGAUGUUUCAGAGUUACCAGAUUCUUCAGUCCCAUCAACACCGUCUAGUAAAAGCAGACCCUGCAACUCCCAGGUACAAAUGGCAGUGAGAAGGGUUUUCUGCUCCUAUCUGAAUUUGCUUGUGAAUGCCAAGAACGACAUGGCGCUGGCGCUAACCAUUGACGUCCCUAGUCGCACUCUUGGACGUCAGGCAUUUACCGACAUAAAGCAUGCUGCACAUAACAACAACACUUCUCUCUUCUUGGCUGUGACAUCUUUUGUGAGGGCCAUCCAGCUCGGAGGGAAGGGCUACGCUCCAGCUGAGUCUGACCCACUGAGGAAACAUGUCAAAGGCCUGUCUGACUUUGUUCAGUUUCUAGACAACCUGGAAGAAAUACUGGGAGAGAUUCCUGACCCAAGUGUGUGUGGAGCCAGGCUGGUGACUGCCAUCAGGGCAGUGCUGGUGAAGGGACGCAGCAGUGGGGAUGCAGUGUUCACUGCAGCUGAGGAGACGACCAAAGAGCUGAAGGAGAGGAUCUGCCAGCUACACCAGAUCCAGAAAGUGAUUGCUAAUGGAAGCGGGACGGGGAUAAGCCCUGCCAGGCCGAAGGCUUACGCGGUCAAUCACUGCACUGCAUACGGAGGUCGGGACACCGUGAAGGUGCUGAUGGCUCUGCUGGAUGAAGAAGCGCUGACUCCUCCGUGUCAGAACAAGGCAGACCUGCUGUCUGAGGACCAGCCCACCCUCAGUGGGGCAGAGGGGACCUGCGUCCUCAAUUUGUUCAGAUCCCCUGAAGUGUCUACUGGAUGUUCUCCAGAACCUCUAAAGAACCGAGUCCAGAGCCGACUAGACCUGCUCAAACCAAAGCCCAGAGACAAAGUCAUUCGAUCCCAGUUUUCGUGCACAUACAAGGAUGAAGAACUGCCACUCAACCGUGUGCUGGACUUCCCCAGCACCAGCCAGGUCCCUACCUGUGUGCACCCAGCACCCAAACGCCAAACCAUCCCAGCUGUGGAUGAGGAGUGCAGCUCUGAUGUGGAGGAGACUACCAAAGCCAAGUCUACAUCUGAAUGCCCGAAUAAGGAGCAGAGCGGCGUGCAGCGGGGGCCAGCUCUUCAGCCAAGAAGUGGAAAUGUGCAAAACAGAGGUGCAGGCCCGGGCAAUAGGAAGAAAACUGGCACUCAGAUGCAGAGAAAGGGCAACAAGAGGAAGCAGGUGGAUUCUGACCAACAUGGAGGAUCAGAGAACGAGCCUCCACAGAAGAAACAGCUCACUAAUGUCUUGGUCCAAAUGCAGGGCAAGAAUGUCAGUAAGGCCUCGAGUAAGAAGAAGCUGAUAGCUGGGCAGGGAAAGCUAACCAGCUUCUUCAGACUCUAAUACGGGUUUGUCCUGGUUUCAUGUCAGUCUAUGGACUUUCUGUCAAAUGGCGUUCAUACAAAGCAGCUGAAUGUUGUUCAUUUGUUUUCUUCCACUGACAAAUCUUGUGCAGUAUGUUCCAGUUAAGGCUGCAACUAAUGAUGAUUUUUAGUCCCAGUUAAUCUGUUCACUGUUUUAAUAUUUUUUUUUUUUGGGAAAUAUGCUCAUUUGCUUACCUGCUCUCAUUUGCAUACUUGCUGAGAGUUGGAUGACUGUACGCUAAAAAUGAAGCUAUAGCGAGCUGCUUAUUUAAGCAGAACUAAACGGCUAGCCCGGCUCUGCUAAGCAAGAUAUAACUAGGUAAUUAUUUUCUGUACCAGAAAUAUUAAAUAAAUUAAUUAAUUAGUAAAAAUUAGAAGUGCUAAGUAGUGGAUUUUUAAAACUUUGGAUAGAGCCAGGCAAACUGUUUCCCCCCAGUUCCAAACGGCAAAGGCUAGCUAAACUAGUAAAAUAGUAGCAUUUAACAUACAUACAUACAUACAUACAUACAUACAUACAUACAUACAUACAUACAUACAUACAUACCGUUUGUUAUAACAUGUUAAAUAGCUUGAGUAGAGAUUAUGUUAGGGUUUGUCUUUUUUACUUUUUAAACUGACCCAGAAUAACACUUUUUUUUCCAAAAUUUUCAGUCUUUAUGCUAAGCUAAGCUAAUUGCCUGGUGGCUGUAGCUUCAUUUGUAGCACACACACAAUAAUCUUCUCAUUUAACUCUCAAGAAGAGUUGAAUAUGUUUAUACUACAACCCAAAAAUGUUAAAACUAUUCAUUUAAUUUCUUAUUCUAUAAAAUGUCAAGAUAGGUGAAAUCUUUACUAUUGAGAAGAAAUAACUAGCACUUUUUUUUGCAUUUUUGCUUGAAAAAUGAUGUAGAUUAAUCUUCUGUUGAUUAACUAAGAGAUGUAUUGUUUCCACACUAAUUUACCCAUUCAGCAGUGUGAGAAAUGUGUGGCUGCAAUGUGAAUAGGUCAGUUGGAUAGAUCAUUGGGAGAUUUCUGGUCAGUAUACUUUGUUUCAUCAAGACAAGGCCUACUUUGUGUUUGAAAUGUAUUUAAUCACUAGUUGUACAGUUUAUUUAACUUGUAAAAUUCCACAGUGAAAUCAACUGUAAAUAUGCAGACUUUUAAUAAACUUUUAUUUGGUUUUA